UCCAAUCAAUCGCAUGCAAGGCACCUGUCAGAGACUCAGAGCUUCUCAAUCAGCCCGCAGUCACUUGGGUUGCAUCUCAACUACCUACACAAAAACAUCAAACAUCGACUUGAAAUCAAAACAAAGCAGAGAUAUGCACUCGGCUCCUGGGCCAUGCAGUGCUACACGGAGCUGACUCCGGCAACGGCCGUCACGCAUUCUCUAACGCUACAGUUCAUCCCCGGGCAGGGCACGAACCUCGCAGUCGCAAAGUCUUCGAUUCUUCAGAUUUUUAGAACAAAGGUCGUCUCGACUGAGCUGGACACUACCGAGACCAAUGGACAUGGACUUGGAGCACGAAGUGCUACCCGCUACGAGAGCCGGCUGGCCAACGAUGACGACGGCCUCGAAGCGUCGUUUCUGGGAGGCGACAGUUUGGCCCUGAGAACGGACCGAGCCAACAGCACCAAGCUCGUACUCGUCGCCGAAACCUCGCUGGCGGGCACAAUAACCGGCCUGGCCAGGAUAAAACCGCCCAACGCGCGCCAUGGAUGCGACGCCCUCCUCAUCGCCUUCAAGGACGCACGGCUCAGUCUUGUCGAAUGGGACGCCGAGCGCUACAGCCUGUCCACCGUGUCGAUACACUAUUACGAACAAGAGGAGCUCCGGGGAAGCCCCUGGACUGCGCCACUGAGCCAUUAUGUCAACUUCCUCACAGCCGACCCAGGUAGUAGGUGUGCUGCGCUCAAAUUUGGAGCCAGGAACUUGGCAAUAUUGCCUUUCAAGCAGAUCGAUGAGGACAUUGACAUGGGCGACUGGGAUGAAGAGCUGGACGGCCCGCGGCCGGCAAAUGGCGUGCCGAGCGCCGUCGUCAAUGGAGCUAGCAACAUAGAAGACACUCCGUAUUCACCAUCAUUUGUCCUCCGACUCUCCAAUCUUGACCCAAGCCUGCUCCAUCCUGUGCACCUGGCCUUCCUCCAUGAGUAUCGAGAGCCUACCUUUGGCAUUCUCGUCUCAACUGCCAGCGCCUCGAAUUCGCUCGGCCGCAAGGACCACUUCAUAUACAUGGUCUUCACGUUAGAUCUGCACCAGAAAGCGUCAACCACCAUCCUCUCGGUCAGUGGCCUUCCGCAGGAUCUCUUCCGGGUCGUGCCCCUUCCUGCUCCAGUCGGUGGCGCCUUGCUUGUAGGUGCGAAUGAGUUGAUCCACAUCGACCAGUCGGGCAAGCCUAACGGCGUGGCCGUCAAUCCCAUGACGAGGCAAUGCACCUCCUUUGGCCUUGUCGACCAGUCGGACCUCAACUUGCGUCUCGAGGGCUGUGUCAUUGACAUUCUCACCGCCGAUCUCGGCGAGCUCCUCGUUAUCCUCAGCGAUGGCCGGAUGGCUUUGGUCACGUUCCGCAUCGACGGGCGUACCGUUUCUGGCCUCGAAUUGAAGAUGGUCCCUGAGGCGGCUGGAGGAGCCAUCAUACCCGCCCGAGUUUCAACACUCUCAAGGCUGGGUCGAAACAUAAUGUUUGCUGGCAGUGAGGAAGGUGACUCCCUAGUCUUCGGCUGGACAAAGAGACAAGGUUUAAUUGCAAAAAAGGCUCAACGUGUCAGGGGCGGGGGAUUGGAUACUUAUUUUGCGGACGAGGAUGUUGAAGAGAUCAGCGAAGAGGAUGACGACGACUUGUACGAGGAGAAGCCAACGGCUCGUCAACAGCAGCCCAUUUCGGCAGUGAGCGGCCUUAUAAAUGGUGAUUUGUGUUUUCGGGUUCACGACCGCCUCCUGAGCAUCGCGCCAAUUCAAGCGAUGACUUACGGCCAGCCGACGUGGCUGCCUGGAAGCGAGGAUGAGAGGAAUUCUGCCGGCGUUCGCAGUGACUUACAGCUAGUGUGCGCCGUCGGCAGAGACAAGUCAGCCGCCCUGGCGACCAUGAACCUGGCGAUACAGCCCAGGGUCAUUGGCCGGUUUGACUUUCCCGAAGCACGGGGGUUCUGGACGAUGUGCGCAAAGAAACCCAUUCCAAAGGCGCUGCAAGGCGACAAGGGCGGAAACGCUCUCAGCAAGGAUUAUGAUACUUCGGGCCAAUACGACAAGUUCAUGAUUGUGGGCAAGGUGGAUCUGGACGGGUACGAGAAGUCGGACGUCUACGCCCUGACCGCUGCGGGCUUCGAAAGCCUCAGCGGCACCGAGUUUGAUCCCGCUGCGGGCAUCACCAUUGAAGCGGGAACCAUGGGCAAAGGCAGCAGGAUCGUCCAAAUCGUAAAGUCAGAAGUCCGGUGUUACGAUGGUGACCUUGGACUGAGCCAAAUCGUGCCCAUGCUUGACGAGGAUACGGGAGCAGAGCCCAGAGCCGUCAGCGCAAGCAUCGCGGACCCGUUCCUUCUCAUCAUUCGGGACGACUCCAGCGCCUUCAUUGCCCAGAUCGACAACAGUAACGAGCUGGAAGAACUCAGGAAAGAUGAUGAGACACUCGCCGCUACCAAGUGGCUGACUGGAUGCCUAUAUGCGGACACCUAUGCUGUCUUCGCUGAGGAAGUAACUGAGAAGGGGGCAAACCCCGCACAGAGUAUUCUUAUGUUCCUUCUUAGCGCUCACGGUGCUCUUUAUAUUUACCGUCUCCCCGACUUAUCUAAACCCGUAUAUGUCGCCGAAGGGCUUUCCUACAUACCGCCUGGCCUCUCGGCUGAUUAUGCAGCGAGAAAAGGAACUGCUAAGGAGACCGUGGCCGAGAUAUUGGUCGCUGACCUGGGCGACAUGACCCACAGCUUCCCGCACCUCAUUCUACGCCACGCAAACGAUGACCUGACUCUCUACCAACCGUUUCGCUAUGGAACGGGCACUGGUUUGGGCUUCUCCAAGACACUGUUCUUCCAGAAGCUACCGAACACAGCCUUUGCCAAGAGUCCGGUGGAAGCUGACCAGGAUGAAGCUACACACCAACCUCGUGUCCUCUCCAUGCGCCGGUGCAACAACAUUUCGGGCUACAGCACUGUCUUCCUUCCUGGCGCAUCCCCGAGCUUCAUCUUGAAAUCCGCCAAGUCAAUGCCACGAGUGGUUCCGUUGCAAGGGUUAGGCGUGAUAGCCAUGAGCUCGUUCCACACCGAGGGAUGUGAGCAUGGCUUCAUCUACGCAGACUCUCAACAUAUCGCCCGUGUGGCUCAGCUGCCUAGCGAUUGGAGUUACGCUGAAACCGGUCUUGCUGUGAAGAAGAUUCCUAUUGGAGAUGAUAUCGCCGCAGUAGCCUACCAUCCUCCAACACAGAGCUACGUCGUGGGAUGUAACACGCUGGAGCCAUUUGAGCUGCCAAAGGACGACGACUAUCACAAGGAGUGGGCGCGCGAGAACCUCGGCUUCAAACCCACUGUGGAGCGAGGAAUGCUCAAGCUCGUGAGCCCAAUGACCUGGACUGUUGUUGAUGCUGUCCAGAUGGAGCCGUGCGAGCUCGUUCUUUGUGUCGAGACGCUAAAUCUAGAAGUCUCCGAGUCCACCAACGAGCGGAAGCAACUGAUUGCCGUCGGUACUGCCCUCAUCAAGGGGGAGGAUCUACCGACAAGAGGUCAUGUCUACGUCUAUGAUAUUGCAGACGUCAUCCCCGAGCCCGGACGUCCGGAAACGAGUAAAAAGCUGAAGCUCAUUGCCAAGGAGGAUAUUCCCAGAGGAGCCGUCACAGCGCUUUCCGAAAUAGGCACGCAAGGCCUCAUGCUGGUUGCACAGGGCCAAAAGUGCAUGGUCAGAGGUUUAAAAGAGGACGGAACACUCCUUCCAGUGGCUUUCAUGGACAUGAACUGCUAUGUUACCACUGCCAAAGAGCUCCCAGGUACUGGCUUGUGUCUGAUGGCAGAUGCCUUCAAAGGGGUGUGGUUCACGGGGUACACUGAAGAACCGUACAAGAUGAUGCUUUUUGGCAAGAGCUCUACCAAGUUGGAGGUGAUGAAUGCAGAUUUCCUUCCAGAUGGGAAAGAGCUCUUCAUCGUAGCGAGCGAUGCGGACGGGCACAUUCAUAUCCUCCAGUUCGAUCCCGAGCACCCCAAAUCCCUCCACGGCCACCUCCUGCUACACCGAACAACAUUCAACACCGGCGCCCACCACCCCACAAAAUCCCUCCUCCUCCCAGCCGCGACUGCAGCGGACAAGUACCCAGGGGGUCACCGCUUGAACAACAACCCACCCGCAGAUCCCGCAGCCCAACAACAGCGUCCGCACGUCCUCCUGCUAGCCUCCCGCACGGGUGUGCUCGCCGCGCUGAGGCCGCUGCCGGAGUCGGCCUACCGACGGCUGGCGUCGCUGGCGGCGCAGCUGACGACGUCGCUGCCGCACCCGGCCGGGCUAAACCCCAAGGAGUACCGCAUGCCGAGCGCCGACUGCCCGUCGGCCGGGGUCGAGGCGGGCAUCGGGCGGAGCAUCGUCGACGGAGCCGUGCUGGCGCGCUUCGGCGAGCUGGGCAUGGCCAAGCGCGGCGAGCUCGCGGGACGGGCCGGGUAUGCGGGCCCGGAGGAGGUCAGGGCCGAGUUGGAAGGCGUUGUGGGCUGGGCUGGGAUGGAGUAUUUCUGAUUUGUCAACUAACUAACUAAACCGUUGGCCUGGCACUUGGGGUGGGUUUUCUGGGUUGCAAAUGGCUGGCUGGUUGAGGGAAGUGUAUUUGGGCUAGGGAGGUGAGGUGGGGCGAGGGCCAACGGGUCUCGUCCGUAUCUGUUUCUUUCUACUUUGGUUCCGCUCGGUAGACAUUUCUUGCUUUCCGAACGUUCAAAUCGGGAGCGUCUCUAGGCUUUUUCAUGCUGGGCUUGGGCUGCUGGUCUACAAAAAGGUACGCAACCUUUGAAGAUUCCGAAUCAGGAUCAUUCAUCUAUGAUGUUCGUGUCUAUUGGCAUUCCAGAAGUCAUAUACUACUACCCUCUUCCGUUUAGAAACACACU